AGUAUCACCUAACAUGGCGUGCGCCCGGGCAGCAUGAGCCAUGGCGAAGGGGAGCAGGCAGCGGUACCUGGAGUACUCCGCCAUGGCUCCCAGGCUGCUGGCCCGCAUCUGCAAGCUCAUGGUCACGUGCCGCAACGCGGGCAUCACCAUCCCCAAGGGCAUCCGGAACAUCUUCGAGUUCACGUGGGAGGACCUCGCCGCUAACCCCGCGGUGACCGCCCCUGCCAGCAUCGCGGGCCUGGAGGCCGCCUUCGGCCCGCCCCCCGUGCCGCCCGUGGAAGCCGUCCAGGCGCAAGCCCCCGCCCAGAAGAAGCCGGCCGCGUCCGCACCGCCGCCCUCCGUGGUGCCGGCCAAGCAGCCCAGCGCCGCCCCUCGCACUCCCUCCCGCCAGGGGCCCUCGGGCCAGGAAACCCUAAACAGGUUUCAGAAGCAGUCCAUCCACCUCCUGACCGAGCUCCUCUCCCUCAAGAUGAAGGCCAUGCUGGAGGCCGUCUCUGGCGCCAACCCCCUGGAUAUCACCAAGCGCUUCAUGGAGGCCAGCCAGCUGCUCCAUCUCAACGCCAAGGAGAUGGCCUUUGACUCUCUGCUCGGCACCAUUGGGAGAAGUGGCUACAGCGCGGCGCACACAGGGAAAGAGUCCCUGGUGAGCAUCCCUGUCAUGGGAGUGAACUCUCCUUACCAGCUCGUCUACCAGUCUUCCACUGCCUGCCUGAGCUUCUCCCUCUCCACGGUAAAGGAGACCAGGAAGAAAACAGCUCCGGGGAAGGUCAAGGGCAUGGAGGAGAUCCUGUCUCCAGGCCCAGGCCCGCUGCCGCGCGUGAAAGCCUUCCCUGAGAUGGAGAUCAACGACCCCUGCCCGGAGGCCCGCGAGAUGCUGCAGGAGAUGUGUCGCCACAUACAAAGUGAAAAGGCCACCUUGAAGGGGAAGAAUUUCUGCCACCCCAUGAUCUUACGCACCUACAAGUCGAAGUCCACCUACCACCCAGCGUUACCCUCCAAAGGGGAUUCUCAUAGCCAGGGAGCCCACCACUCGCCCCCUGGGGGGACUCAGACCCCGACCUCCACCUCCCACCAGCCCGCCAGCCACCAUUCCCACGGCGGCUGGCAAGACACGAAGCCACCCAAGAAGCCCCUCAAGUUCCAUCACUCUUUCAACGAUGGGUCCUCCUUCAUUUACUAUCCCUCGGGAAACAUGGCUGUGUGUCAGAUCCCCACGUGCUGCAAGGGGCGGAGCAUCACCUGCCUCUUCAACGACAUCCCUCACUUGUUCCUGGCGCUGUUCAACGCUGAGGGCCAAGGCUGCGUGCACUACAACACAAAGGCCUGCUGCCCGUACAUUUUGUUCUUCGACGAGGAAGGCGGGACCACCAACGACCCGAAGGGCCACACAGUCCACCAGUGGAGCUGGGCUUCCAAGACCGAGACUCUGCUCUCCCUGGAGUACAAGGUGAACGAGCAAAUGAAGCUCACAGUGCUGGGACAGGACUCCAUCAUGGUUACCUUCACCUGCCUGAACGAGACCGUGACGUUCACUCUGUCAACCAAAAACUGUCCCCACAGCAUGACGCACGAUAGGCGGCUGACCCGCAGAGUCACCAUCGUGGAUGAGAAAAUACUGAAGAUGAACCGAGCUCUUGCUGAGAUCAAAAAGCGAUUUCAGAAGACAGUGUCUCAGUUCAUGAACUCCAUCCUGGUGGCAGCAGGGCUGUUCACCAUCAAAUACCUGCCCCCAAGGGAAGACGCCGACGUGAGCUGGCUCAAGACAAAACCUGGAACGCAUUCCGAGCGAGCUUCCAGGCUCAGUAUAAGCGGAGAAAUCCCCUUCCGAUCCCAGUCAACCCGACAAGAAUCUGUCGUCGAAGACGCUUUGAAGGAAGAGGCCGCAGCGCCUGCCACCGCCACUGCCCGGAAGAAGAACCUCAGGAUGCAUGCCACGGGCGCGGCCACGGCCAGGCGCAGAGCCAGGAAGCUGCACAGCCCCACGUGGUGGGCGGCCUCGCCCUACGACUGCCCGCUGGUGCUGCGCAAGCUCAUCUGCAAGGAGGACGUGCGGGCGGGCUGCAAGUGCAUGGUGAAGGCCCCGCUGGUGUCGGACCUGGAGCUGGAGCGCUUCCUGUCCGCACCCCGGAACCCCAGCCAGGUGCUGGUGUUCGGGAUCCUCUCCAGCCAGGACCCCACCAGCACCGCCCAGCUCCAGUGGCUGCUGGACACGCUGUACAGCCACCGGCAGCAGGGCCGCGCCUCCCCCUGCAUCCAGUGCCGGCACGACCCCUACCGCCUGCUGCGGUACGACCUGAACAGCCCCCUGCACAAGGAGCCGCCCCUGCUGGUGAAGAAGUACUCUGUGGUGCAGGGCAUGGUGCUGAUGUUUGCCGGGGGGAAGCUUCUGUUUGGGGGCUGUGUUCUGAAUGGAUAUGGCUUCAGCAAACAGAAUCUGCUGAAGCAGAUCCUGCGGGCUCAACAGGACUGCCAGCUGGGCUACUUCCUGCCAGACAACUACAAGUUCAGUGUGACCACCUCCCUCUCCGUCCUGGAGAGCGCCGACUCCGCCAGGAGAGCCAUGUCCGAAGACCUGGAGGGAAGCUUCUCUUCGGCCCUGGGCGAGAAGCUGGUGGAAGAGCCCUUCCCGCCCCAGGCUGACAAGUUGAAACCACCCGAAGUCGACGCGCAACUUGCCAGCAAGCAAAGGAGGGGCAGUAAGAAGAUCACCCCCUCGAAGAAGCAGGGUUUGAAGAAGUGACGGCCCCACCUAGCCGGGCGAGCAGCGCGGUCUCCCACCUCCUCUAAUAAACCCUCCUUCCUCCAGGCCUGGGUGAGGCCGUGG